CUGUUGAUUUAUUGCCACCAUGAACUUCUCCGGCAAGUACCAAUUGCAGAGCCAGGAAAACUUUGAGGCCUUCAUGAAGGCAAUGGGCCUGCCUGAUGACCUCAUCCAGAAAGGGAAGGACAUCAAAGGAGUAACAGAAAUUGUGCAGAAUGGGAAGCACUUCAAGCUGACCAUCACCACCGGGUCCAAAGUGAUCCAAAACGAGUUUACCUUGGGGGAGGAAUGUGAGCUGGAGGCCAUGAAUGGGGAGAAGAUCAAGACAGUGGUUAAGAUGGAAGAUGAGAAUAAACUGGUGACAACUAUCAAAGGCAUCAAGUCCAUCACCGAACUCAAUGGAGACAUAAUCACUAAUACCAUGACAUUGGGUGACAUUGUCUUCAAGAGAAUCAGCAAGAGAAUUUAGAUAAGUCUGCACAUUAUAUUCUUUUACUGUAUAAAAUUAAUAUAAUAAAGUAAACUUUGUUUU